AUGGAGGGUGGGAACGGGACGGAGGGGAACGGGACCUUCCCGAUAGAAGCGGGUUCUCCGCCCGUCGGACCAGAGGGUAUCGUUGUACCUGUCGUCUUCGGGAUCAUUCUCUUCACCGGCGUGCUGGGCAACUGCGUGUCCAUCUAUAUCGUGGUGAAGUUCGGGCGUAUGCGGACGGUGACGAACCACUACGUGCUGAACCUGUCGGUGACGGACCUGGCCUUCCUGCUGUGCUGUGUUCCCUUCACCGCAGCCGUCUUCAGCACCGCAACAUGGCGAUUCGGCACCAUCAUGUGCAAGGUCGUCUUCUACUUCAUGCAGGCUACCGUGCAGGCCACGUGCCUGACCCUGACUGCCCUGAGCGUGGACCGGUACCUGGCCAUCGUGUACCCGCUGGAGUCCCGCAAACUCCGCACCACCCGGGUCGCCGUCUGGGCAAACACCUGCAUCUGGACCGGUUCUCUACUGCUGUCGCUGCCCGUUGCUGUGUAUCGUGAGGUGGUGGAGUGGUACUAUUUCGGGACUCACUACUACUGCAUGGAGAUGUGGCCGUCCAAGACCUGGGAGCGAGCCUACAUGAUCUACACCGUCCUGAUCAGUUACGUGGUGCCCCUGUUGGUCAGCCUGGUUUCCUUCGUCCUGAUUGCCGUCCAACUGACCAAGACCGGACGUCCGAUGACGUCAGAGGACCCACCCAACAGUCAGCUGGUCAAGCGGAAUCGAAAGGUCACUCAGAUGAUCGCCCUGCUGUCGCUGCUGUUCGCGCUGUGCUGGCUGCCGAUCCACGUGCUGAACCUGUCCAUCGUGUUCGUGCCCGACUUCCCCAUGACGCAGGCCACCAUGUGGCUGAAGAUCGUGGCCGUGACCUUCAGCUACGCCAACUCCUGUAUCAACCCAUUCAUCUACGUCAUCGUCGGUAAGAGCUCGUCAAUGAGAGAAGCGGUUCAAGCAAGACGCUUCUGUAGGGACGUCUUAACAUUCCGCGGCAGUUUCCGGCGAGGUUUCCUGGUGUUCGGCAGAGGAGGUCACUCCACCACCAGAACCACGCGGCUGAGCCCGCGGAAGCAGAUCGAAGACAAGAAGGGGGAGGGGGAGGACAUCCCCAUGACCGAGAUCAACAAGAGCGAGAACCACCACAACAAGACGGAACACACCACUUCAAACGAGAGCCGGUACUACACUGCCUCGGGUUCCAGUAGCCGGGGGACCCACGGCUGUUGCUAGUGAGGGCGCGGGGCGGUCAUAGGAGCUCCUAUCUUAAUCUUUAUAUACUUAAUCAAGGAAAUGAUAUGAUAAAGAAGUUGUCAAAAGUCACCUACCUGAAUUUCUUGACGUGCAUGUUGUGCCGCGAUAGCAUCAUAAUGUAAAGGAGUAACCUUUGACCCCUCAUUCCAAGAAAUAACCACAUCCAAACUUCUGGAGCAUGCCGGACAGCCCAAAGAUGUUUUGUCAACAAUAAUAAUGAAAAAAAAAACUAUAGAAAAAAUCUAGCUUCAAAAUACCAUCAUGUACCAAGAAAAAUACUCUUUACACUUUACAAACUGCCUUUUGCCCUCCUGUCACCCUGCUAUU